GCCAGAAAAAUGGUGAUGACAGACCUGUUAAAACCUGAGGAGAUCAAGAAAGCUCUUGAUGCCUUUGCAGGAGAAACAUUCGACCCUAAAAAGUUCUUCGAAAUGAUCGGAAUGAAGGCCAUGUCGGCUGAAAACGUCAAGAAGGUCUUCCAGGUUCUGGAUGUGGAUGGUAGCGGAUUCAUAGAGGAAGAAGAGCUCAAGUUUGUACUGAAGGGCUUUUCCAAGGAUGGCAGAGAUCUGACUGACGCCGAGACAAAAGCAUUCCUCACAGCCGCAGACAAAGAUGGAGACGGCAAGAUCGGCAUCGACGAGUUUGAGGCCUUGGUGCAUGAGUAGGGGAUAGCUGAACACCCCCCGUCUUCUUCCUCCUCCUCUUCGUCCCUGCAUUCAUAUUUUGUAAAUGCCACCUUCAAACUCUUCUUACCUCCCUCUGGACCCCACGUGUGGAGUCAGACCAGGCCUGCCCUCUACAAAGCACUACCAAAAACCAGGCCGACAGGGAGUCACCAUGAGGAGGAACAUACAGGCAUAACAGGCACCAGUUUCAUUUUUAAUUUUUUUCAUUUUUUAUAUAUAUUUAACCACACAUGCUGUAUGGAUUUCAGAAUCAUUCUUAAUGAUUUCAUGAGGAUAGUUUGUGGUCUGAAUACAGGUGGUACUAGUGUUGUAGAUGGUGUAGAUGUAAUGAAGACUCCUUAAAUCUUAAUUUCCUUCCUCUGUGUAUUUGAGGUUGUGCAUUUUGUCUUGAUUGGUUUUAUUUCUGGAUGUUCACAUAUCAGUGCACUUUCCUCCCACUCCUCUUCCUCAUCCACCUUCCCUCACCUCCUUCACCUCGCCUCCUCUCCUCUAUCCACUCCUCCUCCUCACUCCCUGCCUCUGAUCAGAUGAUGUAGUAAACAAAGUCAUAUAUAAGGAGAGCUGUGAAGAGAGAAAAGAUCUCAGUAAGAAAUGACAAUAAAAUAAACUUGAGUAAC